UAGAUGCAACUCUGAGCGGCCCCCUGACCGCUGGAGGGGCCACACUAUCGGGUGACCCGGACCUGGGGAGCAACAACAUCAGCUGCACGGGCGACCUGGGCCCGCUGGCGAGCCUGACUGCUGAAAGUGCUGACAUGGGAACGCUGCAGGUUGGAUACCACUUUACGGUCCAGGAUGGGGCCACCGUCUCGCUUGCUGCCCCGCUCAAUCCAGGCAGCAACAAUCAAUAUGACCUCGGCUCCGUGUCCAACUCGUGGCGCACUGUCUAUGCCAGCAACGCAAACCUUGCUGGCUCUUUGACUGCGCGUGGCGCAUCUCUGUCAGCACCCCUCUCACUGGGGAGCAAUGGGGUGACCCUCACCGGCCAGAUUGCCAGCUCGAGCAGCAGAGCAUCUGCUCUCUACUCGUCCGUUGUAGACGUUAACACGUCCCUUGUAAACAGCAAACUGACCUUACAACCUGGCUCUACCACCAACCUCUCAACAGAUUUGCAGCCAGGGAGCAACUCGACGUUCAGCCUUGGCAGCUCAAACAGCGGUUGGAAAACCUUGUACGCAAGCAACGCUGUGCUUAGUGGCGGGCUCACCUGCAAGGGUGUGGAUACGCAGGGUUCAAACAUCAGUGCAGGUUCGGGGAGCCUGACAGGGGCUUCUGCCAGUGUGUCCAACCUGACCGUCAAUGUGGGCGGUUCGACCUUGUUCUACACAUCGCUCACGCCUGGCAGCACUGGUGCGUAUGAUAUCGGGUCUUCUUCGGUGCUCUGGCGGAACGUGUAUGCGAGCAACCUGACGGUCACUGGAACGCUGAACCUGAGCAGCAAUGCCAUGUCUUCAACCCAGGGUUCUCCGAGCAGCGGGAUUGCAGUCUAUGGAACAACUGUUGAUGCAAAUUACGUUGUCAUCAACAAUGACCUGACUGUUGGGUCUAGCGCAACGACCAGUUUUGCAACCUCGCUCUUGCCGGGAAGCAAUGGCGUCUACAAUAUUGGGCCUGCCGGCAGUACCUGGAAUGCAAUCUAUGGGUCCAAUGUUACACUCUCAGGACCGUUGACAGCGGCUUCUGGCAUAACCUCAUCGAACGGUCUCACAGUUGCUGCUGGGUCGGCUUCUUUUGGGAGCAACGUUUCGUUGACCGGCCCACUGACGGUCGCAGGCGGGCUGACCUCGUCCAACGGGCUGUCAGUUUCGGCAGGGACAGCGAGCUUUGGGAGCAAUGUAACGGUCUCGGGCCCACUGACAACGGCAGGUGGUAUCACCUCGUCAAACGGGCUCACAAUCACCGCUGGGUCGGCUUCUUUUGGGAGCAAUGUGUCGAUAACCGGCCCACUGACGGCCUCAGGUGGGUUGACCUCGUCGAAUGGGCUGACAGUUACUGCGGGCACAGCAACCUUUGGAAGCAAUAUUGCAGUCUCAGGGCCACUGACAGCGUCAGGUGGUAUGACCUCGUCAAACGGUCUGACGGUCUCUGCUGGUACGGCAUCCUUUGGGAGCAACCUGUCGGUUACUGGGACAGCAAGCUUUGGGAGUAACGUGGGCAUAUCGGGCCCACUUGUAGCAAGUGGCGGGCUCACCUCGUCAAACGGACUCACAAUCACCGCUGGAUCCGCUUCUUUUGGGAGCAAUGUGUCGGUCACCGGCCCACUGACGGCCGCAGGUGGAUUGGCUUCGUCGAAUGGUCUGUCAAUUACUGCGGGCACCGCAACCUUUGGAAGCAAUAUUGCAGUUUCGGGGCCACUGACAGCGUCAGGUGGAAUCACCUCAUCAAACGGUCUGACAGUCGCUGCCGGAACAGCAACUUUCGGCAGCAACCUCGUAGCCUCGGGCCCUAUCACCGGUUCGAAUGGCCUGACAAUAGUUGGGGGCAGCGUCAGCUUUGCGAGCAAUCUCACAGUUGCUGGGGCGAUUGUCUCCUCAAACGGUGUAACAGGGUCUUCCUUCAGCACGACCGGGGCAAUCAGUGCAGGAACGGGCAAUUUCUCUGGGGACGUGACAGUUUCUGGAAACUUCAAUGUUGGGGGCCGCAUCGAUUAUGUCAGCACUUCGGAGCUGCUUGUGGCGGACAAGCAUAUUACGCUCGCAUCCUCAUCCAAUCCAACGGACGCACUUGCAAGCGGGGCGGGCCUCUACAUACAAGGGUCCAAUUAUGCAGCUUCCAACAGCACAAUAUCUUUCACAUGGAAUACCGGUGCAAACGGGAACUACUGGCUUACAAAGGGAGGGAACGUGGCGCUCCAGGGGACGAGCGGGUCCAAGAUGGUGACCCUCUCAACGGCUUCUGACGGGUCCUUGAAGCUUCUCUCUGAUGAUGGGACGACCGCUACCAGUACGGCAGCUCUUGGUGUACCUCUCAUACCUGCCAGCUCUGCCCUGGACAUUGGCAGCUCGUCUAACCUUUGGGGAACACUGUACGCGUCAAGCAUUGGGAGUGCAUCGAAGCUCGUCCCUGUCUUUGCAUCUACCGUCAGCUGCAGCAACCUGACAGCAACAGCUGCGAUCACCGGAGGAAGCCUCUCUGCUGGCACUGGAUCACUCACGGCCGGGGCGGCCACACUGGGGGCGCUCUCGUGCACAACCAUCUCCACAAACAACUGCAAUGUCUCUGUAGGCACCGGUUCUAUAACGGCCGGUGCAGUGACUUUUGGGGCGGUCACGUGCGGCUCGAUUGGAACCCAAGGCAAUUCGAUCAGUGCAGGAGCGGUUUCGUGCACGAGUGUGAACCCUGGGGCUUCCAACUCGUACGACGUGGGAAGCAGCUCGCUGACAUGGCGCAACGCCUACUUUGCGGGCACCGUGAGCGCAGGCACUUACUCUGGCCUCACCCAAAAGUAUUGGAACAAGUACAACCUGGGGCUCAUCAACGAGACCACGGGCUAUCACAAGGUUGCAACGUUGCUCCCCUGGAUCGGCGCAAACAAUUUCGUCCUGAGGCUGUCCGGGCAGUUUGGUGGUGAGGCCGCCUUUGCGGUGCUGGACAUGUACAUCUCGACGCGCCCCACCCCGCUCACGGUGUCGGGGACCGCUUAUGGCAACUUGGCUGCUGCCAAGGCAUACGGGGAUGUUGCAAUAUACUUGGAGUCCUCCUCGAACUACAGUGUUUACCUGUCAUCGACCAAGCAGUUUGGUUCUUGGGACCUGAGUGUGGAGGGCAACUCGGGGAAUGUUCUCUUGGAGCCAUCUGCCUCAAACACGGCUGCUCCGACGGGCACGCUUCAGAUGUAA